AUGGCUCUUACAUCCUACGCUGUCUUUCUUUUUGCCAUUUUUGGGUCUGUUCUGUCGAUUGGAACCAUUCAAAGUGCUGCUGUCACUGGAACCCUGAAAUGUAAUGGAGUGGUGAUAAAGGAUGUGCUGGUGAAACUGUACGAUGAUGAUAGUGGUAAGUUUGGCAACCAGAAUUUCGCUGAAAAUUUCUUAAAAUCACAAACAAACUUUUUCAAUAUUCUAGGCCUCGAUGCUGAUGAUCUAAUGGACACCAGUCAUUCGGAUGACCAGGGAAAGUUCCAUUUGUCAGGAGAUACGGAUGAGAUUGGAACAAUCGACCCAAAAGUCAAUAUCUACCACGAUUGCGAUGAUAAAUUUGUGGUAAGUUGCAAGAUACCAUCGGAGUUUAUGUUUUUCGAAAGCAAGUUGAGCAUUUCUAAAAUACGAGCGACAUCAACGGUAAAAGAUUUGGCCUUCCGUGCGAUAAAAGGCACGUUUUCCUUCGGUAGUUUCCAAAAUUUAUACAGUUAUAAGUGUGUAUUCGACUUACAUACAUAGUUCCUAAAAUUGCACGAUUUAUUAGUCUGUCGGGAAAAUAAUGAAAACUCGGUCGCAACGAAAAUCGUAUCGCCACCGAAAAAAUUAAUUGUGUCGCGGAAAAUCAAAUUGCUUUUCACUUCAGCGACGCGAUUAACGCAGCGAAAUUGUGCUCAGAAUUUUCCCGACAGACUAAAAAGUUAAAUUUUGCGAUGCGAUUCGUCUAAGUGCCCAUUAUUUUUCUGACAGACUGAUUUUUGAAAAAAUUGCUUUUCAGAGAAAAAGGCUUUUUAAAAAAUUGUGGUGAAAUAUUUACUGAAAAUUAUCUUACUACAGUAUUUGCAAUUUUGCCGAGUUUGCUUUCAUGGCGGAAGAUAGAAAAAAACUUUUUUGAAAUUUUGUUUCCAAGCCGUAGAAGUGCGAUUUAAAAGUAACUGUAAUGGCUCUUUAACCAAGAAAAUUUUCAGCCCUGCCAACGCAAAGUAACCAUCAAAUUGCCCGACAGUUACGUGACCAAAGGCAGCAAACAUCCAAAGAAAACCUAUGACAUUGGGACGCUCGAGUUGGCCGGUAAAUAUCCCGGGGAAUCUCGCGAUUGUAUUCAUUGA